UGCUCAGCACCUUCAUUCUCACUCUCCUGAGGAGCCUGCUCAACACCUUCAUUCUCGCUCUCCUGAGGAGCCUGCUCAACACCCUCAUUCUCACUCUCCUGAGGAGCCUGCUCAGCACCCUCAUUCUCACUCUCCUGAGGAGCAUGCUCAACACCUUCAUUCUCACUCUCCUGAGGAGCCUGCUCAACACCUUCAUUCUCAUUCUCCUCAGGAGCAUGAGCAACAACCUCCGGCUUCUGCUCAUCACACAGCAACUUGACAGCAACGUGCUUCCCGAACACCCUCUUAGGGAAGCAGACGCUCUGAGCCUUAUGGGUAUGAGAGUCAAAGAAGGCGACGGACUCAGCCGCCCCGAGACACUCUUCGUUGGUGAAGACGCCAACGCCGUAGCAGUUGGCCUUGGUGAUCAGCUCGGCGUUUAUGGAGUAGGACGUGAUGCCGAUUUCGUGCUUGACCUUGAUCCUCUUGCACGUGUCUUUGGUCGCGGCGUGCUUGCUGCUCGCGUUCUCUGCGGCCUUGUUGUGCGGGUAGUGGCCCGUGCCGCAUCCGUUGUGCGUUGCCACGCUGACUUGCGCGACGCCGUAGGGGUCGGCGUAGACGCUGGACGCCAUGGCCAGGAUGGAGGCUGCGCUCAGAGUAGUAUAACGCAUUGUGUCGGAGGCCGGUAGAUGAUUUCGGGUGAAGUAUGGGACGAGGUAGUAUUGGAAGGAGCGUCC